AUGGUACCUUUUACUGAGCCUGCAUCCCAGCCCAGCACUUGGGCAGCGGCAGUGUUGGUGCUAACCCUGCUCUCCUCCUCGACUAUAGCGGCCCACCCUCUGGACACCCCACAUCUUCCAUGGGAGCUGCCUCCAGGACUCUCAGAAAAUAUCAAUAUGACUUUCCUCAACGGGGUGUUUAAAAAUGUGGGAGGAGUGGCCGAAAUUUUUGACUGCCUGGGCUCUCACUUCACCUGGCUGCAGGAUGUCUUCACCAACUUCCCCGCACUGCUCCAGUUCGUGAAUGGUAUGAAGUGUGUGGCUGGUCUCUGCCCCCGGGACUUCGAAGACUACGGCUGUGCCUGCAGGUUUGAGAUGGAAGGGCUGCCUGUGGACGCGUCUGACAGCUGUUGCUUCCAGCAUCGCAGGUGUUACGAGCAGGCUGCUGAGAUCGACUGUCUGCAAGACCCCGCCAAGCUCAGCACAGAUGUCAACUGUGUCAGCAAGAGUAUCACCUGUGAGUCCGGGGACGCUUGUGGGCACCUGCUGUGUUCCUGUGACAAGGCUGCCAUAGAGUGCUUGGCUCAGUCCGGUAUCAACUCUUCCCUGAACCUUCUGGACACGUCCUUCUGUCUGGCUCAGCCUCCAGGUAGGAAGAUCCAGGCCCUGCAUCAGCGGUGGGGAUGGCGAUCUGCGGCGGGAGCUGAGACAACCAGCAGGAAAGAGCUGCUGACACUUCUGCCCAGAGUGGUCCCUGUGGAGCCCACGGACUCCAGCCUGACGGCCCUCUCAGGAGAAGAUGAACACAGGGGGACCGGUAUGGAACCCAAAUAUCCGGACAGAACCAGGCCAAGUCCAGGAAGACACAGAAGAUGCAAGGGCCACACCUUCUCCAGGUAUGUGUUUUCAGGGUCUGCAGAGAUAGUUGCCACAGCUAAAGGUGUAACCAUCGUCCCUGCCGGCAUUAAAUCUCUGGGGUUGGCUGUGUCAUCCGUCAGAAGUGGUCCUGAGGAGACGUCUGGAAAAGCCUGUGACAGGUUCACCUUCCUGCACCUGGGAAGCGGGGGCAACACUUGGGUGAUGCCACAGCUUGGAGAGAUGCUCUUUUGUCUGACAUCCCGGUGCCCGGAGGAAUUUGAAUCUUACGGCUGUUACUGUGGGCAGGAAGGACAAGGCGAGCCAAGGGACGCUCUGGACAGGUGCUGUUUGUCCCAUCACUGCUGCCUGGAGCAGGUGAGAAGGCUGGACUGCCUGCUCGAGAGGCUUCCUCGGUCACCAGUGGUAUGCGUGGAUGGUACCCCCAAGUGUGUAGGGCAGAGCCUGUGUGAGAAGCUGCUUUGUGUCUGUGACCAGACAGCGGCUGAAUGCCUGGCCUCUGCCUUCUAUAACCAAAGCCUCAAGUCACCUGGCAGACAGGAGUGCCAGGGCCACCGGCCGUCCUGUGAGGAUGGCAGGAUUUCAGCUUCGUCCCUUGGCUCCAGCUCUGAGGAGAACAGCGUGGAGGCCCCGCCGCCCAGGGAGGGCCUGAGAAGAACCAGAAGAUUCCUGGGGAAGUCACUUGGUCUCCUGGGGACCAGGCCACAGCGUGGCCCCAGAUAGAUUCCCAGAGAAAAUGACCAUCACACCCUAUCGUUCUGUCCCUCCUGCUACUGUAACCUCUCUGGGCCCAUCUCCAUCCUCUCUGUCCUCAGCAGAGGCUCAAAGCGGGAAGAGGCAGGAAGACCCUUGCACAUGUGCACUGUGAUGUUUGUCAGCUCACAUCCAAAUGUGUCUUUGGGGAAGGCAAACGAGGGGGUGGUUAUAUGUUUCCUGGAGUGCACUGUAGGGGCUCAAUAAAUAUUCCCAUCAACGUGCACUGUAGGGGCUCAAUAAAUAUUCCCAUCAACGUUUCUUUGUCUGGUUUGGUUUUGAAGAUGCUGGUACAUGAAUAGAUGGCAAAGGUGAGAUGGCAGAGGAACGGAGGAGGAAAAGAUAUCUUCACUCCCCAAUCACUGAAAUCACAAUCUUCUAUUAAAAAAAUACAGAAGGGAGUAUGUUUAAUCAAUCUUAUGAGAUCACCUAUGAGUCAUCAAUAACCCACCAAAGACAUAUGCCAAGGACUGAGAUGACAGCUCUUCCGGUAUGUUAUUAAGAGAAUGGCCUCAGCCACCUCCAUGAAGAAUCACUGAUAACCCUGUCUUGGGUCCGGCAAUAUUAAAUUGACUUAAAAAAAAAUGAUAGGGUUUAUCCCAGUGGCUGGACGUUUGGGGGAUGCCAAUGCCCACUCAGACACAGACAAAUAUAAUAGGAAUUACAAAAAAAUGGAAAUUAUAUCCCUCCAUCCAUCCAUCCAUCCAUCCACCCAUCUGAUAGUUAUUGAGAUUUUACUGUGCAUCAGGCAAAAAGGCAAUGUGCUUCCGGAAUCGCCUUCAAUAUUUCAUAAGGACACGAACUAUAGUUCACAUCACCUCCUUGGUUCUCUGUUCCCAUAAACCACGUGUCCUGCAGUGAGACGAUACAGGGUCCCUGCCUGCUCCUCAGACAGGCGGGAAAGCAGAGCCUCUGAAGAGUUCGUGUUUGUGACCUUCUCAUGGUGUGGAGCUAUCCUGACGUUAAAGAAUUGAAAACCUUAAGAAAUCAAAAGGUCGUGGUGCCAAGCCAGCAGCUGAUACCCUUCCCUACCUUCCAGGGAAAUCACCUGAUGAGCACCUUUUGAUGAACCCAACACAUUGGAAUCUUUUUUUUUUUUUUUUUGCAUGGCACGUGGGAUCUUAGUUUCCCAACCAGGGAUCUAACCCGUACCCCCCGCAGUGGGAGCGUGGAGUCUUAACCACUGGACUGCCAGAGAAGUCCCUCACGUUGGAAUCUUUUGAAUAAUGUGACCUUUUAAGUAACAGCUGAAAUUUGGGUCCUCCCAGAAGCGGACCCUUAGACAAGGACUUGAGAGCAAGUGGUUUAUUUGAAAAGUGCAGGAAACGCUGAGGGGAGAACAAAGGGAUAAGACGGCAGAGGAACGGUAGCCAGUGAAAGCUGCGUUACCAAGGCAGUUGCCCCUGGAAGUAGA